GCCAGAUCGUCUCUCCUCUCUCUCUCACACACUCAGAAAAAAAAAAAAAGCUUUUCUCCCCCCCCCUUUAUUCCUUUUGUCCCCUCGCUUUACCGUUCGCAAGGCGUUUUCGAGCUGUGUCACUGAGGAAUCUAAAUCGAAAAGAAUAUUCAUAGCGAUUAACAACAAUGCCAGAGGCAAGAGACAGAAGAGAGAGACCUAUCGAUUACCCCGCCGUGUUUCUCAGCAGACGAUCCAAUGGGAUAUUACUCGACGAGGCGGAAUCACACCUCAAUCCGGUUCAGAACUCUGGCUUAACCGGUCAAGGAUCUACGAUGGGGAGAGGAGGGCUUGCGAGAGGAAAUUUGGGAGUUCGGAGGACUGGGAGAGGCUUGGGUGUUGCGAGACGUGGCAGGACACGUGGUUCAGCUUCUGUGUUACCUUCUUGGUAUCCAAGAACGCCUCUCCGUGACGUAUCUUCCGUCGUUAGGGCAAUUGAGAGAAGGAGAGCUCGUAUGGGAGAUGUUGAGACUCCAACACCACAACAGCUUGGGGUUAUUGAUGAUUUGCCACUGCUAGGUGUUCAGCUUGAGCAUAACUACUCUAUGGUCACUCCUGGUCCAUCUGUUGGGUUCAAGCGUCCCUGGCCGCCAACAACUGCUAAAGUGCAUCAGAUGCUGCUGAAAAUCACGAGAGAGGAUUCAGGGGAAGAGGAGGAAGAGGCAUUGACUCCACAGAAGAAGCUUUUAAACUCUAUUGAUAAAGUGGAGAAGGUUGUGAUGGAAGAGAUUCAGAAGAUGAAGAGCACUCCUAGUGCUAAGAGAGCUGAAAGGGAGAAAAGGGUUAGGACUUUGAUGUCCAUGCGAUGAUGGGGUCAUUAGAAGGUGACCAUAGUGAGUACAUCAUCUUCUGAUGAUAGCAAAGAGGGAGAAGUGGAUCAUUAUCUGAUGAUGUUACUAGGAAGGGGUCGCCAAUCAUCUCUCUGAUGAUGUUAUAGUAGGAAGAUUCUAUCAUUUUUCUGAUGAUAAAACUAUAGAUUCAUCUUUCUUUAGAUAGUUUUUGGUGUUAGGAUAGCUCACGGAUCAUUUUCUGAGAACCUUUUCUUUAGGCUUUGUGUUUUCUACAUAUGAUGGAUGUCUUCUUGCUUUAAACAGAUUGUACAGAAGUUAUCGAACUUCGGUUUUUGUAAUUGUCACAGUCUGGUAAAUGUCAAGAUCCUAUAAAUGAU